CGGAGCCACGCGCGUGUGUAAUCCCGGCGGUGGGCGGAGCGAGCGCGGGCAGAGGCUUCCGCGCGGGCGAUGGGGCUGCUGAGCAUCUUGAAGAAAAUGCGGCAGAAGGAGCGGGAGCUGCGGCUGCUGAUGCUGGGCCUGGACAACGCCGGCAAAACCACCAUCCUGAAAAAGUUCAACGGGGACGAGAUCGACACCAUCUCUCCCACGCUGGGCUUCAACAUCAAGACCCUGGAGCAUCGCGGGUUCAAGCUGAACAUCUGGGACGUGGGGGGCCAGAAGUCCCUGCGCUCCUACUGGCGCAACUAUUUUGAGAGCACCGACGGGCUCAUCUGGGUGGUGGACAGCGCUGACCACCAGCGAAUGGAGGACUGCAAGAAGGAGUUGGAGACCCUCCUGGUGGAGGAGCGUUUGUCUGGUGCCACGCUUCUCAUCUUUGCCAAUAAGCAGGACCUGCCGGGUGCGUUAAGUCCCAGUGCCAUCCAGGAGGCCCUGGAUCUCGACAGCAUCCAAACCCACCAUUGGUGCAUCCGAGGUUGCAGUGCUUACACCGGGGAAAAUCUUCUGGCGGGCAUCGAUUGGCUGUUGGACGACAUCUCAAGCCGGAUAUUCACCGCGGAUUGAGAGGCUCUAACAGUGUUUUUCAAUCUUGGGCACUGGAAGAUGGGGGGUUUCAACUCCCAGAAUUCCCCAGCCAGCUGGAUGGACUUCAGCUCCCAGAAUUCCCCAGCUGAAUUCCCCAGCCAGCUGGAUGGACUUCAACUCCCAGAAUUCCCCAGCCAGUUGGGUGGACUUCAACUCCCAGAGUUCCCCAGCCAGCUGGAUGGACUUCAGUUCCCAGAAUUCCCCAGCCAGCUGGAUGGACUUCAGUUCCCAGAAUUCCCCAGCCAGUUGGGUGGACUUCAACUCCCAGAGUUCCCCAGCCAGCUGGAUGGACUUCAGUUCCCAGAAUUCCCCAGCCAGCUGGAUGGACUUCCAGUUCCCAGAAUUCCCCAGCCAGUUGGGUGGACUUCAACUCCCAGAAUUCCCCAGCCAGCUGGAUGGACUUCAACUCCCAGAGUUCCCCAGCCAGCUGGGUGGACUUCAACUCCCAGAAUUCCCCAGCCAGUUCAACUCCCAGAAUUUUCCAAUUCUGGGAGUUGAAGUCCACCUAUCUUCAAGCUGCCCAGCUUGAGAAACGGAGGAAUUCUGGGAGUUGAAGUCCACCCAUCUUCCAGGUUGAAAAACAUCAAUUUAAAGACUGUAUUUUGACCAAUGCUUAAAAGGCCCAUCUUUGGCCCUGGAUCUGGGUCCAAUUGAAACAACACCCAUUGCAAAAAUCAGUGUUUGCGCCCACAUUCGGUGUGGCCCGUGGCAUCCAUCCUGUGGCUGGGGGGGGCGGGUAGGGUAGGCGAGAAAUCCAUGUUUUUUUUGUUAUGUCCCCCUUCUCCGCACGGGAUUGUGUUAAGAGCAGAGCAAUAAAGCUGUGGCUGUUUUAAAGAGA